UUACUUCAAAAUGCCAAUGAAGAAACAACCAUCAAAACUUAAACCAGUUCUUACUCCUAGGGUGGAGCAAGGUAUUCGAAGCUUUACCUUGAGUUUUUUUUCAGGUUCAGAGUUAAUUGGUCUUUUGGCCAUCGAGCUUUCCUAUAUCGAAGCACCAAAAACAUGUGAAAUGUUCACACAGUAUUGUACAUUUCAGAAUACCACGGAAAAGGCAAAAAACAAGCAGUAUUUGUAUAAAAAUUGUCCGAUAAAGCGCUUCACGAACACAGGUAUACAAACUGGUGAGGUUACACCACAACCAAAGCCGGUACCAAUAGCUGAUCUGGAAGCAGAAAUUGGCCGAGUACCUCAUCAUUUAGGUGUUCUAUCCCUAUGUAGAUCAGCAAAUUCAUUUGACGGAUCACAGUUUUUUAUAUGCUUGACUGAUGAUGUUAACGAGAUUAGUUACCUGAAUAGCUCUCAUAUCGCAUUUGCUCGAAUUGUCGAGGGGUUCGAUGUUAUUUCAAAAUUAAAGGAGUCAAUACUCCCUUAUGUUGGGGACGAUGGUGUAGUAGACAGCUCAUGUCAAGUUUGUCUUUCCGAAAUUGUUGCCCAAAUAAGUGAUCGAGGAUGUAAAUAA